AUGAUCACUGCCAACAUGGCUCAACCCCAGCUCAAUGUUGAGAGAAAAUUCUCCAACCUGAUAGUAAUCCGAGCUAGUAUUAAUGCUGAGCUGCUGAGAAAAGGAGGAAGGGAAGAGUGCAUCCGUUUCAGCAAAGAAGUUGGAGAUUUGAAAAACUUCGAUAGGAGGAACCUGAUCGCUGCCAGAUCGCACAGCUGCUUCCUGGAGGUGAUGGAUGAAAUGUGGUUGACGAGGGGCUGCACUUGGGUGUGCCGCCGAGUUGGGAAGUUGGUGGCCACAUGGCCACGGACCACAAUUUUUGUCAGCAUCGUCAUGACAGCAGUGUUUUCGACGAAAGUAAUGCUAACCCCACAUAUCAGCCGCAUGGACGGUUGGACAACCGAUAAUGCACGAUCUCGCUACGAGUUUAACGUCUUUCAAGAAUUCCUGAACGCCGAUGGCCAAGGAAUCACUUUGUUUUUGCUGUUGCGGGCACGAGACAACCAGUCCAUGAUCCGCCCACACUACCUGAACCAAACUGUGGAGAUUCUCAACUUUGUCUCAUCUCAUUUUCUCAUGUACGAUGCUGAUCUUGGCAGGAACCAGUCUUUCGACGAGUUUUGUCGAGGCUUUUGUAUGGCUAACGAGCCAGUUCGGCAAUACUUUAAUGGAAUGCGUAUACUAGCAGCUAAUACAAGUUUUGACAUUGCUAAUAGGAUAGAUCUUGCCUAUCCAACCUCUGAGAUGUUCUACAGAGCUUUCAGUCUUCUUCCAAACUUCUUCGGUAUCAAACUAAACGAAGAUGGAAGGACACUGAAGUCCGUUGACUUGAUAGCACUGAUUUUUCGAGCUGAAAAACAUCGGUCGUGGACGACUACAAUGGUGAAAGAAUGGGAACUCCAAGUUCAAACAUAUUUUGAGAAGGAUUUCGAUCAAUCGGAGAUUGAAGUGAGUGCACUAUCGCCAUCUAUCGUUGAAUACGACAUCAUGCUGGCCGGAAAUUCUCUGCGGCCAUUUCUUUUGGUCGGUUUUGUGAUUAUGUGUAUAUUUUGUACCACGACCACAAUACUGAGCUCUGUCACAGUCUAUCACCAUAAAGCCACUUUCAACAAAGUGAUACUUUCCAUAACAGCAUGUGUUUUACCUUUUAUGGCAUGCGGGACAGCAUUUGGCAUUGUGUUCUUGUUGGGAGUCACUUUUUCUCCCAUUCUCAAUGUAACCCCGUUCUUGGUUCUCGCUAUCAGCGUUGACGAUGCUUUCUUAAUGGUGCACUCGUGGAAUCGUAUAGAGAAAGACGACAUUUUAAGUACAAAAUCGAGGCCCGACAAGAUGGUUCAGGUGUUGGUCGAAACAGGACCAGCGAUCACGAUCUCAGCGUUUACGAACAUACUAGCUUUUGCUAUCGGUGCCUAUUCAUCGCCUCCAGAAAUUCGCCUUUUCUGCAUUGGCAACGCUGCAUGCAUCUUCAUGGAUAUGACAUAUCAACUAACUUUCUAUACCGCAGUCAUGGCGCUAUUCGCUGACUCCCCUAAAGCCUUUGAGGAAAAGAAGGGGCCCUCUCGCAUCGAAAUGAUAGCCCAAGGAUUUUUGCACAAAUAUAGCGGAAUAAUUGCUGACUGGAAAGCUUCGCUAGCGGUUGUGGUGCUAUGGGCAUUAUAUUUCGCGGGAGCUAUAACAGGUCUAUUUUUUGUAAAUAUCGACCUUUCAUCGCAAAAAAUGUUCCUGCCGGAUUCGAAACUAAUCAAGAUUGACAGUAUCCGAAAUAGAUACAUGGUUCCAUACUAUACCUCAGCUAUGGUGGUUGUCAACAAUCCAGGAAAUAUCUCUGAUCCUGAGAAUGUGCGGCAGCUGCUUGCCAUGAAGAACGCUUUUGAGACCCUUCCUGAUGCUAUCGGGCCUGAAAGCACCAAGUUCUUCCUCGACGACUACCUCCUGUACAAGGAGUCGAUUCAUGAGGAGCUGGAAACGAAUCCGGGUGCGGACUCAAUAGAGUCGUUCUUAGGUUGGAUGGAGUACUCGUUCUGGAAAGGCUUUGUAAAGCUAGAGAACACCACUGAUGGUCUUACUGCUUCGAAAUUCAUGUUUAUCACCGGCUAUCAUGGUCAACACCUGGUUUCAUGGGUCGAAAAAGGACACCUUCUCAAGGCGCUGCGGGAUCAAGUUGAUCGCUUCGGAAGGCAGUUCAACGCCACAGUAUUCUCCGACGAUGCAUUCUACAUCGACCUUCUUGAGGCCAUACCGACAAUAACCUGGCAAUCUGGGCUAGCGACCUUCGUCUGCGUCAUCAUCGUCUGUGCAAUGUUCAUCAACCACUUUGCCACGAUCUUCAUCGUGUCGACAGCAAUUUUGGCCACCUGCAUAGGAGUGUUCGGGUAUACAUCACUGCUCGGUGUAACUCUGGACCCAAUUGUGAUGUCAAUCGCGAUUAUGUGCAUUGGCUUCAGCGUUGACAUCCCAGCUCACGUCUCCUUCCAUUACCAUGCAGCUCGUUUGCAUACAAUCAAGAAAGAAAUCAGCACAACGUCAACUUGUAGCUCAGACUCAACAAGCACGGUGGAUGGGCCCAACUUCAGAGCAAGAUUACAACACACACUGUGCUCAGUUGGUUUUCCAGUCGUUCAAGCCGGUCUUUCUUCUAUUUUAUGUGCGCUGCCACUUGCAUUCGUUCCUUUGUACAUGGCACAGGUGUUCGCCCUGGCCAUGGUGAUGUGUAUCUCCUUCUCCCUGAUCCACGGCGUUGUCGUGCUACCAGCUAUGUUCUGCCUUCAUGACCGUAUCUCUACCAUGUCUCGUCUCUGUGUUUCUCAUCUACAAAGCCGGAGGCGAUGUGCUCCUGCCUAAAUUCGUCUCUUUCAUUCUUCUAUUUCUCAGCUGUAUACAUAUUAUGCCUUAUACUGAAACGGGUCUAUUGUUUUGUGAUAAAUCAUUUUUUGCA